CUAUAGUAUAAGGAAAUAACUUACCUCGGCAAUUGAGAGCCGGAGGCCCAAGCUCCUUUAUGCCCGUGCUGUCGAUAAUGGGAGCUUUACGUAAGACGAGCUCGAGACGCGAAGACGGCGAAAACAUCGUGACUUUCUAUUUCCCAUAGUCUGCAGUCAUCAUCAUCAACCAUCAUCGUCGCCUUAUGCCAAUCGCCACCUCCGUGAUUCCCGCAUCAUAUGCCUCUAGGCUGUCAUGGCAUCACCAGGUUCUAGCCGUCAGACCAAGCCGGUCCAUAUACUCUUCGUAGGCGCCGGAGCCGUAGGCUGCUUCUAUGCAUCGCGGCUACACCAUCCUUCGGAAAAUAUCUUUGUCUCGCUCACCGCGCGGUCCAACUACGAAGCCAUCGCCACCUCUGGCGUAACCCUAGAGACUCGAUCCUUCGGCAAUUACACAUUUAUCCCUUACGCUGUGUUCCCCUCCAUAUCGGCCGCGGUCCCAAACUCCUCGCCACCGCCCUCGACGACGUUGACGAAUCCAGCGUCCUCGAAGGCCCCGCCGGAAGAUGGCUGGGACUACAUCAUAGUCACGACGAAGGCGCUGCCGGACCGGUCCGACGACGCGGCCCUAAUCGCGCCGCUGGUGUCGAGCAAGUCGUGCGUCGUGCUCAUCCAGAACGGCGUCGGCGUCGAGGACCCCUACCGCAAGCGCUUCCCGCAGACGCCGAUCGUGAGCGCCGUCACCGUCAUCAGCGCCGAGCAGAUCCGGGACGGCGUCGUGCGGCAGAACCGGUGGACGCGGAUCAGCCUGGGGCCGUACGGGAGCGGGCUCGAGGGCCGGCGCAGCCGCAACGGCGACGGCGACGGCGAAGAAGCGAGCGAGGUGGUGCGGCGCGGCGGCGAGCGCACGGCGGAGCUGGCGCGGUGGUGGACGGAGCUGGGCGGGCUGCGCGACGCGGAGACGCACACGGAGCUGGAGCUGCAGACGAUCCGGUGGCACAAGCUGUGCAUCAACGCGGCGUUCAACCCGACGGCGGUGCUGAGCGGGGGGCGGGGCAACGCGGAGCAGCUGGAGGACGGGGAGCUGCGGCGGCACGCGCUGGGCGUGAUGGACGAGGUGUGGCGCGCGGCGCCGGCGGUGCUGGGGAAGCCCUUCCCGGCGCACCUGGCGUCGCCGGAGCGCAUCGUGCGCAGCACCGAGCGCAACGCCGGCGCGCGCCCCAGCAUGCUGCUCGACUGGGAGGCCGGCCGCCCGCUCGAGCUCGAGGUCAUCCUCGGCAACCCCGUGCGCAUCGCCCGCGCCGCCGGCGUCGAGAUGCCGCGCCUCCAGAGCCUGUACGCGCUGCUGCGCAGCAUGCAGGCGGCGCGAGAGAGGAAGAAGGGGCGGGAGAAGUUGUAAGGGGUGUGGGAAGGGAGUAGGCGAUUUCAGGGGUAAAUAUCUACAUAGUAAGGUCUCUCACAUCUGCUAAUCACGGGUUUGAAUAGAUAGAUACGGAUAGCGUAAGACUUU